AUGUCAGCUAAUGAAGCAGAUGAUAAUAUGGAGGCUAGUUCCUCUGGGAGCGAAGAUGAAGUCAUGGAAGGGGAGGAAGAAAAUGAUGAUCGCCCGAAGACUUAUUUACCGGAUCAACCUUUGAAGGAAGACGAGCAGCUGGUGUGUGACCAGUCUGCGUAUGUAAUGUUACAUCAAGCACAGACUGGUGCUCCUUGCCUUAGCUUCGACAUUGUUCCAGACAAUCUUGGCAACGACAGAAACGAGUUCCCAAUGACUGCUUAUUUGGUUGCCGGCACUCAAGCUUCUAGCGCCCAUUUAAAUAAUCUUCUAGUUAUUAAAAUGUCGAAUUUGCAUCAAACAUCAAAAGCUGAAGAUGAAGAAGAGUCUGAUGAAGACGAGGAUGACGAUGACGAAGAAGAGGAUGAGGAGAAGAAGCCCCUAAUGACAUUCUCUUUCAUCAAACAUCAAGGAUGUGUAAACAGAAUAAGGGCGACAAACUUUAGAAAUUCAGUCCUAGCUGCAAGUUGGUCUGAAUUGGGGAGGGUGGACAUUUGGAACAUAACCCAGCAGCUGCAGGCAGUGGAUGAUCCCGUGUUGCUAGAACGCUAUAACUUAGAUACUGUCAAUAAUCCUGUCAAACCUCUUUAUUCAUUCAAUGGACAUCAACAAGAAGGAUUUGGAAUUGAUUGGUGCCCUACAGAAGCUGGUGUCCUUGCAACAGGUGAUUGCAGAAGAGAUAUUCAUAUAUGGAAACCAAACCAGGCUGGCACAUGGGAAGUCGACCAGCGCCCACUAAUAGGACACACCAGUUCCGUUGAAGAUAUACAGUGGUCUCCUAAUGAAAGGAAUGUUUUAGCUUCAUGUUCUGUUGAUAAAUCAAUAAGAAUAUGGGAUACCAGAGCAGCUCCCAAUAAAGCUUGCAUGCUGGCAGUAGAGAAUGCUCAUGAAAGUGAUGUGAAUGUUAUAUCAUGGAAUAGCAAAGAACCUUUCAUUGCAAGUGGUGGAGAUGAUGGUUUUCUUCAUGUCUGGGAUUUACGGCAGCUGGCAAACAAAACUCCAGUUGGUACUUUCAAACACCACACAGCUCCUGUUACUUCAGUAGAGUGGCACUGGACUGAGCCUAGUGUUCUGGCAUCUGCUGGUGAAGACCAUCAAGUUGCACUAUGGGACUUGGCUGUUGAGAGAGAUGACGACGACAUUGUCGAUGAAGAAUUGAAGAACCUUCCACCCCAGUUGCUGUUCAUCCAUCAAGGACAGAGUGAUAUAAAGGAAUUGCAUUGGCAUAAACAAAUGCCAGGAGUUAUGGUGACUACUGCACACACAGGAUUCAAUAUAUUCAAGUCAAUUAGUGUAUGA